AAAACCUGAUGAGAGAACCAGGAGGAGGAAACAUACUGACACGUGCAGCAGCAGGUGGAUCAGACAGCGACCUGGAUGAUAAACAAGCAUCUCAUUUUUUAACUUUUACAACCAGAGCCUGAGCAGGAAAGGAUAGGAUUCAUGCUGUGGGCCAUAAAGUGGGUCAACACCUGAGAAGGAGCUGAAAGGGGAAGCAGAACUGAGGCAGUUUUGUCCUGGGAAAGACUGAACAAACGGAGAAAAUGCAGAAUUACAAAGAAAAUACUUUAGUUUUUAGCAGCUGAAGACGUAAACGGCUAAUAGUUGAAAUUUUAGCUCAAGUAAAUUGAUUGUUUUUGUGUUUUGUAGCAUUUGAGCAGGUUCUGUUUGCGUUUUGACAAAUUGUGUUACAACCCUAAACUGGUUUUACAGGCUGAACUAAUGCAACUGCUGCUGAUCUACCCGGCUGAUCAGCUGUAGCUUCUACUAGAGAAAGAAACUGAGCAGCACGUUGUUUUGGAUAAAGAUAACUCAGCAUCUCUCACCUCAACCUCAAAGGCCAAACAUUCCAAGUGAUCUACAGUAAAGGAGGCAGCAUUUCCUCCUCAUCAGCACAGAAAAGGCUCCACCAUGCAGACGCCAGGACCUGAGCAUGACGACUCCUUUGAUUUUCUGUUCAAGAUCAUCCUGAUCGGAGACUCCAACGUGGGGAAAACCUGUGUGGUUCAGAAUUUCAAGUCUGGGAUGUUCUCUAAGAAGCAGCAGAACACAAUCGGGGUGGAUUUCACUGUGCGAACUGUGGAUAUCGAGGGGAAGAAAGUCAAGAUGCAGGUGUGGGACACGGCAGGUCAGGAGAGGUUUCGUACCAUCACCCAGAGCUACUACCGCAGCGCUCACGGAGCCAUGAUCGCCUACGACAUCACAAGACGCUCCACCUUUGACUCAGUGACCCACUGGAUCAAGGAGGUGGAGCUGUAUGGAGCUGCCAACGUGGUGCUGGUUGUCAUAGGCAACAAAUGUGACCUGGAGGACGAACGGCAGGUUCAGUUUGAGGAGGCCUGCAAUCUAGCAAAGGAGAAAGGGAUCCUAGCUGCUCUAGAAACAUCUGCAAAGGAGAGUCAGAAUGUAGAAGAAGCCUUCCUGAUGAUGGCCAGAGAGCUGCUGUCUCGUAAUGGCCUUUAUGUCCAGCAGGGGGACUUGGACGGCAACACACCUCACGUUCUCCUCAGAUCCAAUUCUCGACCAGUCGAUGGCGCUGCAGCUGCAUAUACACCUACAGAGAAGAAGACGUGUUGCUGAUGCACAGGAAGAGAGGAUGGGGAUGUUCGAGAUUAUAAACUGAAGGACUUUAUUAAAAUAUUGGACAGGAAUGGAAGAAAAAUCUUUGGAUGUGGGUUAGAACCAGCAGGACCUCGAGAACCAAGAACCUUUGCAUUGAGGAGAUUAAGGAAAAUAUUUUAAAGUAUUAAAAAUAUCAAUUCAGUGUACUUUCUGGGACCUACCUGACCUGAGAGAACUGUGAACCAGGCAUGUUUGCCAGUAAACAAAUAAGAGAAAAUGGUGAUGGUGAGGGGUGUCAUCAGUGUUCUACGAAGGUUACAGUGACCAGUCUUAUCUGCAUCAAUUAUACCUGAACUGUUGGCAUUUUUUAGUUAAUGUCAUGGUUUUUAAUGUCACCCAAGGAAACGGAUUCACAGUUCUGUAUCUCUUCUGUGUUUUUACAUUGGAAUUACUAUUCUUUGUGUUUUAUUUUGUCUAAAUGCUGUCUUCAUGCUUCACGCUGCUGAGAAAACUUCUAAAAACCUGGAAAAGGACUAUAAGAUGAGAUUUCAGCCCUUCUUGUGAUGCCGCUGUGAUGCUGGAAAACAUCCACGAGAACUUGCUGCAAACCAAAACACUGUGAAUUAUUCAUAUUUGUUUGACUUUGUCUUGUGACGGUUCUAAACAUGAUGAUGUCUCACUUUGUCAUGAAUUGCUUUGGUUGUGUUCCAAAUGGUCUCUUUCAGUUUCUUGUCAGUCCACAUAAUAAAUCAGGGUCAAAACUGACCUGCUGUGAGGAACAACGGUUUUCUAAAGCAGGUUUUUCAGCCACUAAUUACCAAAAUAACAGUGCCAAAGAGUCACAACCCCAACAGUCCCCUGAGGUUGACUUAUUACUUUCAUUUAAGCUCACCUAAUGAGGGGGGCGUGCAUUACGCUUGGAGCACCGCAAAUCUGUUCUGUUUGGGAACCUAUUUCUAUUUUAGUGCUUUGGCUAAGAGGGUCACAUACACAUUAGCAACAAAUCAAUACUGUGGCUUAGUUUCUACAAGUAUUUUCUCAUUUGGUGUGUUGAUGGUGGAAUAAAGCGCUGUCAGUCCAACAUCUAUCAAAACUCCCAAGUAGGUUGAGAUGAAAGUUUGAAGGCCAUACUAGAUGAUUUAUUGUAUUUUCAAAUGAUUAAAACCAUUCAAUAAUCUGUAGACCAUGUUAACUGCAGCGAGUAAA